UUCAAAUUAUUCAACAAAAAAAAAAACGGCCGUACCUAGUUUUAUACUAAAGUUUGAUUUUAUCCAUUUUUUAAAAAAUGCAUAAAAUACAAAUUUUAGUUGUAUGUAUUAUUCAUUGUGUUUUAGCACAAAAAACUUCUGCAAACGCGCCACCCAGUGAGGAAUUUAAAACAGCAGAGUGGGAAAAGGUCCUUGAUAAGAACCCCAGAGCUAAAGAACGAGGUUUCAUUACUCCACGAAUGUUUAAAGAUCAUACUGGUAUAAAAUACAUGGGACGGCGGCUUCAACUUGAUUAUGCAGAAUUUUGUGAAGCAUACUGGGGAGCGAAUGCGGGUGUAGACUCUGUGGAAACCUCUGUGGGAGACAAGCAAGUAAAAAGCAAAGAAAAUGGGCCCAGAAUAAUCAGAAUAAUCCCAAACACAGCGAUUAGGAAUGAUUAAUAUUGUACAAACAGUUUAUUUUAAUGUUAAUUUACAUAUU